AUGGCCGGGUGGCACGGUGGUCAAGACGAUGCUGAGGCCAGGUGGCACGGUGGGCAAGGCGAUGCGGUGGCCAGGUGGUACGGUGGGCACGGCGAUUCGGUGGCCAGGUGGUACGGUGGGCACGGCGAUUCGGUGGCCAGGUGGUACGGUGGGCACGGCGAUUCGGUGGCCAGGUGGUACGGUGGGCACGGCGAUUCGGUGGCCAGGUGGUACGGUGGGCACGGCGAUUCGGUGGCCAGGUGGUACGGUGGGCACGGCGAUUCGGUGGCCAGGUGGUACGGUGGUCAAAGGCGAUUCAGUGGCCGGAACUUUCACAGUGAUAUCUUUUUCCACGGGAUAACAAAUGGCGGCUACAGUUUCUUCCACAACGGCCUUCCAGGCAAUGGCAGCUCGGUUGUAUGGCUUUCAGAACAAUAG